AUGAAGCUCUCCUCGCUUGUCGUCGUCGCGGCCCUUGCCGUCUUCGCCGUUGCCUCCCCCCAGCAGCAGCCACCGGAGCGUCCGAAUCCUUGCGAGAAGUGCGACAAACACUAUCUCGCCUGUAAGGAGUCGUGGUGGUGCUACUUCUACCCGCUAGAGUGCGAGGAGGUCUGCCAGCGCGACACCUGCCACUUCGACGAGGACUGUCACGAGAAGUGUGGCUAUAACAAGUGUUGA